CCCUUUUGUCAGUCAAUAACAUUCACAGAAAUUUUGUGAAGUUGUGGCUUUUCGAUUGCAUUCACUGACAAAGUUUUGAUAUAAUUACCAGUGUUAUAUCGUGAAAAAUCGAGUUCGAAUGCAUUAAUUCGAUUAAUGCAUUUCCGCAGAGUAUCACAGUGCUGAUGAGAAGCAAAAGUUGCCGAUAAGUUCUAGGUGGAGCCGAUCUGUUGGCGAAGUUGCAAAAGGCAGAAGGCAAAAAGGACCAGGGUCGGCCAUUUUGUCAGGUCAGACCGGCUGCACAGCAGAAUAAAAAAAAGUUGGAAGAAAAUUCGAAUCCACGGAGAAACAAUAGCGCAGUGUUUCCCGGACAAACCAUCAAACGUACGGAUCUGGAUCCCUGUCGGAUAUCGUGAAAGUUGCGUGAUCAGCGCAAAGAACAGCAUCCGGAGCUCUUUGGAGUGGAGACAUGAUUGUUUAGUUUAAUUUGGACUCAAUCGGUUUACAAACUACUUACUACAAUGACGUACGACACUGGUGGACGACCAGUAGAGCCACCGGAGGAGCAGAAUGACGCGGCUCAAAACGUUGAACAACAUGAACCAAGCCCGGAAGAACUAUUAGCCAGCUUUCCAGAGGAGAAGCUCUCGUCAUUAAACAUCAAAAUAUCCAGUUCUCGUUGGGUUGUUCCAGUGUUGCCGAAUCAGGAGCUAGAAUGUCUUUUGAAUGCAGCGAUUCGUCUAUCCCAAGCAGGAAUCGACGACAAAUGCGAGCCAUGUUUGAAAUUCUACCGCGAUGGUCUGACUACUUCUUUCAUCAAGAUUCUCACCGACGAAGCCGUUUCUUCGUGGAAAUACAACAUUCACCACUGCAUUCUAAUGUCAUGUAGCAAGUUGUUGCAUUUGAUAGCUCUUCACAUGAAGCAUGAUAAUCCUCACCUGCUAAGCCUUCUAGCAGUAGUGUUCGAUCCGGAAAACAAGUUCCACACUCAAAAUGCAUCCCGCCAAAUGGAACUGCAUCUUUCCCUAGGAGAAUCCGAGGAACCACUGCAGGAGGGUAAAAUUUACGCAAGGCCUCCUCCAGAGCCAAAGAAUCCGCGCGGUUGGUUAGUCGAUUUGAUCAACCGAUUCGGGGAAUGCAACGGAUUUGACAACUUUCUGGAACGGAUAAACGUCGGCAUUGCUCUGUUUCGCAAACAACGGGAAAUUGCAUCCAGUAAGAGUCUGGAUUCGUUUGAUGAAUCCGUUCGGAUGAAAAGCAGUGCCACGACCUCAUCUGCCACGGCAGCCAGCACCGGUGCCGAUGAAACUGGAAAACUGUCUUUGCUCUUGCUGCACACGCUGCUUCGACCCUUUGGACAAUGUGCCGAACUGUUAACGGUGGCCACCGUAGAGAAAUACUUUAUGCCCAUCUGGGACGUGCUGCUGGAAAUCCUAGAAACGCUUUCCGACGAUGAACUGAAGCGCGAGGCUAAAUUCGAAGGGAAAAAUGAUAUUAUUACCGGCAUUGUCAAGUAUGCCCGUGCCUUGAUCAAUCGCGUUCCGAGUCAGGAAAAUUUGUUACGCGCCUUGGAAAUGUGCCGACUGCGGAUCAUAUUGCGUGUGCUGCAAAUUUCCAGCUUCAAUGGGAAAAUGAAUGCCCUCAACGAGAUCAACAAAGUGUUGGGUUACGUCUCGUACUAUCCGCACCGUCAAAUGGCGGAGGAUGAAGUGGAUGUUCUGAAUGCCGAGAAAAUGGCGAAAUGGAUCCGGGACAACGAUGUGCUGGGCAUAGUACUACGCGAUUCUCUACAUCAACCGCAGUACGUCGAGAAGCUGGAAAAAAUCUUACGAUUCCUAAUUAAGGAGAAGGCGCUCACCUUUGACGACCUGGAUGCCGUUUGGCGUGCGCAAGCCGGCAAGCACGAAGCCAUUGUUAAAAAUGUACAUGAUCUCCUGGCAAAGCUGGCGUGGGAUUUUAACGCGGAGCAGCUAGACCAUCUUUUCAAAUGCUUCCAAGCGAGCAUGAAAACGGCUAACAAAAAGCAAAGAGAAAGGUUACUGGAGCUGAACCGUCGCCUUGCUGAGGACGACAAAAACGGAGUAAUGGCACAGAAAGUGUUGAAACUGUUCUGGACUUUGGCUCACAGUGCCGAUAUUCCUCCUGAAGUGCUAGACCAGGCGUUGGCGUCACAUGUGAAAAUUUUGGACUACAGCUGUUCUCAGGAGAGGGAUGCCCAGAAAACCAUGUGGCUAGAUAAGUGCGUGGAGGAGCUGAAAACUGGUGACGAGUGGGCGUUACCAGCGUUACGUUUGAUAAGAGAAAUUUGCACUUUGUACGAAACAACUUCAAGCCAUGCUCCGAGGGUGCACCAAGUGUUAACCAGGCAGCAGGUCAUCGAUAGGCUGCAGAACGAUCACACAUUGGUUAUUCUAGUGACCACCAGCUUGACCAAGUACAUGGACAAGGUACGAGCGCAGGUCAAACUAAACCCAUCGAUAAAUCCAAUGCACCUGCUAUUGGACAAGCGGUAUCCGCAUCCGCAGCAGAUUCAGGAGAGGUUGGAGUUUCUGAAGUUUCUCCUCAAGGAUGGACAGCUAUGGCUGUGCGCAGAUCAGGCCAAGCAAAUAUGGCAAUGUUUGGCGGUAAACGCUGCAUUUCCAAGUGAUCGCGAAGAAUGCUUCCGUUGGUUUGGUAAACUGAUGGGUGAUGAACCGGAUCUGGAUCCGGGAAUCAACAAAGACUUUUUCGAGAACAACCUACUCAAACUGGAUCCCGUGCUGCUGACCGAGAGUGGAAUCAAGUGCUUCGAGCGAUUUUUCAAGGCAGUCAACUCGAAAGAGGAGCGCUUGAAGGGUAAACAACGAGGCUACGUGCUCGACAAUGAGGAUCUAAUAGGCAAGGACUAUCUGUGGCGAGUGAUAACGGAUGCCGAUGAGGAAAUCGCCUGCAAAGCAAUCGAUUUGCUGAAGGAAGUUUCAACGGCUCUGGGACCGAGACUACAGGCCAACGUUUGCGAGUUCCACGAAAAUUUUAUCAGCGAAUGCUGUGAUAGGCUCCAAAUUUACUACGAGACUGUACAAAAUGAUAUAAUCGAUGAAAGCACUAAGAUAGUAGAAGAUGAUAUUAUUUGUAGAAGACUGCUGACGGCGGAGAAGAUGUGCCGAGUGGUGAGUGCCCUCCAGGAAUACAUAAAGGAAUGUGAUAGAAAUUAUACCGGAGAACGAAUGCUACUCCCCUUGAGCCGAGCUUCUCGGGGAAAGUACAUUAAUUUGCCUAUUCGUUUUCAAAAUCCGGGUCGGCAACUGGAGGAUCUAGUGGUGGUCACGCACAGCAAUGAAACGAUAUUUUCAUUCAAGCGUAACCUGCUGAAAAAAAUCAAAGCCACCACAAACAACCUAAAGAUAGAUCUGUUCAACUGCAACGGAGAACUAAUUGAAGUACAUGACGAUCGGAAGCCUUUAUCUCACUACAAUAUACGCGACAAAUCGCUCAUCACCGUAAAGCUGACGCCUAGCGGAUCUGGACUAGCCAGCUCUCCAGAUAGUUCCAGCGAUAGUAGCUCCGGUUCACCACCUCGGCCCUGCCCGGACAUGCUACGGUCAGAAUCAGAGGAAAUGCUGCCCGGCGUAAUCAUUUCACGGAAACCUCUGUAUGUGGACUUUUUCCUCAAAAUAUACCAACUGGGAAGUGAUCUGCAGCAUGAUUUGCUUCGGGAUUGUUGUGAUUCACUGUUGCACCUUCUUCCAAUGGACGUGCUGACGGUAACCAACAUUCAGGAUAUGUGUGGCUUCAAUUCCGAUGUAACCAACAGUACCAGUACGCCGACACCGGAAUCCCUCUUCAUCGAUCCCAGUCCGGCCCGUGUCCUGUACAAUUUGGAAGUGUUGCAUGCCAUGCUACUGCCCGCUUUGGAUCCGGGAAGUGAAAUGACUCUGCGCCUGCAGUCUUCGUGGCUGCACUGCGGCGCUGCCCAUUUUAUUCUCGACCUGCUGACAAAGAACAACUUUCUCCCAACUGCCGACAUGCACACCAAACGUGCUGCCUUUCAUUGUGUGCUUAAGCUAGUCAAAUUCUUCCUCUACAUAGUAGGAUGCGUGCUGAACACAGUCGGGAAAGAUCCGCUGAAUUCCUAUGCAGACGCCGAUCGAUCGCAGGUGGAAAUCCUAAAACAAGCCAUUCAAGCUAUUACUGGCAAUGCCGAAUUGACUAUACGAUCGAUGGCUCUGAAACUGACCGAAAGCAUUGCAGACCAGAUGUUGUCGGCUAGCGUGGAAGGAGAUCGUUGUCGCAAUCUUUUCAAAUCAGCAGUACAGUGGAGCCUGCCGGACAUGCCUACCAUCAAAGCAAUUGUUAAUCUGGCUUGGGCAGCGUCCGGUAACAAUCUGCAUUCGAUAGGAACAGCGGUAGAUUUCAGUCAGAACAUUAGCAUUCCAGAGAAAACCGACUAUGCCGUUUGUAAGGAAGCGUUGGAGGUUCUCUGUAUUUCGCUGGUGCUCCAUUAUGGUGCGUAUGAGACGCUCAGCCGUGACAAUUGUUGGUCCAGUUUCAUCAUGUCGUUGGUGCUGACGAAUCCUUCGCGCCAUAUUCGCCAAACGGCAUACGAGCAGCUGUUUCUCAUCAGUACUUACUGCGCCUCAGAUCGGCGUCCAUUUCUGUUUAUGGUCAAACUGCUGGUAAAGCUUCUACACACAAUCAUCCCGCAGCACCAGGAAACGUGUGCCGACUAUUUUCAACUGUUUUGUCGCAUUUUGAACUACGGAUGUUCAUACAGCUGGCCGCUCCCCAACUGCGAGGAACUGCUGGUCCAGGAAAUCAACUGGCUGAGGUCUAUAAGGGACAGCGUUAAAACCACCGGCGGCAUUCAAGUGCACGACGAUCUGCUGGAAGGCCAUCUUUGUCUGACCAAGGAACUAAUGUGCUACCUUAGUCCGGAGGUGAAAGCUCAACGCACCGAUUUGAUUACGGAAAUCACGGAUGACUAUCUCUUCAGUGCUUCCCGGCAGUAUCUACAUUUACGCCGCAACGGUCACAUAUUAGAAACGAAUGCUCCUCCGCCGGUGUGUCGAAAUCCGCAUACAAUUUCCGCUGCGUGUGACCUGCUGGUUGCCUUAUGCCAAAACACUGUAGACAACAUGAUGAUCUUAGUAAAAACCUUGCUGGACAUGUUCUGCGUUGACAUUGAACCGCUGCGGGAAUGGGAAUACCUGCCACCGGUGGGACCCCGACCGCAGCAAGGAUUCUGCGGCCUGAAGAAUGCCGGUGCUACAUGCUACAUGAACUCGGUUCUGCAGCAGCUUUUUAUGGUGCCAUCACUGCGAAUCGGAAUACUGCAGGCGCAGGGAGCUGCAGUCGAUCCCAAUGAGGACUUUAGCGGGGAAUUAGAUUCCCAUACUGUUCAAGAAUGUGAUGAAUCGGUUAGGAAAAAUUACCAUGUUGGGAUUCUGAAGUACGUUCAAGCCAUUUUCGCUCAUUUGGGUCAUAGCGCUCUGCAGUACUAUACGCCUCGUGGUUUGUGGAGCCAUUUCAAAUUGCAAGGCGAACCAGUUAACUUGCGGGAACAACAGGACGCCGUUGAGUUUUUCAUGUCGCUGUUCGAAAGUCUGGACGAAGGUCUCAAAGCCUUGGGCUAUCCUCAGCUGAUGGGUGCUACACUCGGAGGGUGUUUCAGUGAUCAGAAAAUUUGUCAGGAUUGUCCACAUCGUUACAGCAAAGAGGAACCGUUCAGUGUUUUCAGUGUAGAUAUUAGGAAUCAUAGUUCGUUAACUGACUCCUUGGAGCAAUACGUCAAGGGAGAAAUUUUGGAAGGCGCUGAUGCUUACCAUUGUGAUAAAUGUGAUAAAAAGGUGGUAACCGUUAAACGGUUGUGCGUGAGGAAGCUACCGCCUGUUCUAGCUAUUCAACUUAAGCGUUUUGAGUAUGACUACGAGAGAGUGUGCGCGAUCAAAUUUAACGACUACUUUGAAUUUCCGCGAAGGUUAGAUAUGGAACCAUAUACAGUAUCUGGUCUUGCAAAAAUUGAAGGUGAAGUGAUAGACGUCGAUGAUGAAAAAUCUGAAGAAUCAACUGAAACACGCUACCAGCUCACGGGAAUCGUAGUGCACAGUGGACAGGCGUCUGGUGGUCACUAUUUUAGCUACAUUCUUCAAAAGGCACCGGACGGCACUGAGAAGUGGUACAAAUUUGACGACGGCGAAGUCACGGAGUGCAAAAUGAACGAAGACGAAGAAAUGAAGGCCCAGUGCUUCGGCGGCGACUACAUGGGCGAGGUGUACGAUAACAACCUGAAGAGGAUGCAAUACAGGCGCCAGAAACGAUGGUGGAAUGCAUACAUGCUGUUUUACACUCGGUACGACCAUACACCUAUCACGUACACGAACUGCGUGGAACAGUUAUCGCUGGCGGAGAGUAAAUACUGCAUACUGCCAAUGCCGGCGCCCAUCGAACGAAGUGUAAGGACACAGAACAUACGAUUUCUACACGCAAAAAGUUUAUUUGCAGUGGAAUUUUUUGCUUUCAUCAAAAAGUUAGUUAGCUUACCCCAAAAUCAAAGGAACGAUAAAAUUGAAAAACUGCCACCAGCGGCAGAGGAAUUAUCUCUGUUAAGUAUGCAACUUGCUUCUCAAUUCUUGUUCCACUCAGGAUUUCGUACGAAGAAAACGAUACGGGGUAUAGCGACUGAUUGGUAUGAUACGUUGUCUCAACAUAUUCGUAUCUCGGCGGCAGUCCGGCAGUGGUUUGCAGCCAAUGUCCUUCUGAACCCUCCAACCCGACUGAGCGAGUACAUCUUGGUAGCACCAUCGCCGGAGAUUCGAUCGAUGUUUGGCAAACUAGUCGUAUUUUUCUGUCAUUGCGCCCCCAACGACGACCCGCUGCCAGGGUAUGAGGGCAGCAACCUCUGUGAACAGGUCCUGAUUGCCGUGUUAUCGUUACUGAAAGGAGAGGUCGCUGACAAUGGAAAACAUCUUCCGCAAUACUUCAAUCUUUUUAGUCUGUAUGCUAGCUUGGGGCUCCAUGAGAAACAACAGUUAAUAAAGCUUAACGUUCCUGCCAUCUUUAUGAAAGUAGCACUAGACGAAGGUCCUGGACCUCAAAUAAAGUAUCAGUAUCCAGAUCUGAGCAAACUGCAUCAUGUGGUAUCGCAUUUAAUUCGCUCCUGUGACAUUUCGAGUCGGUGUCACAGUUCUAUCAAUAACGCGCCAGCGAAACCAAAUAUCUACAUUGAUCCGCACAUAACUCAUGAUAUGUUGAUGCCACUCUCUCCGGAGUGCAACGAUUACCUCUUCAUUAAAGUAAGUUACGUCAAGCGAUUAAUUGAAGAUACCAACAUUGGCGAAGAAGGAGUGAAACUGUUACAGUAUUGUAGUUGGGAAAAUCCCCAUUUUUCCCGAACUUUGCUAGCAGAACUGUUAUGGCACUGCGGCUAUGCCUACUGGCAUAAUAUGAGGCACCAUACGGAACUGCUUUUACAGUUGUUGUUAAUAGAGGAUUCCUGGCAACACCACAGGAUACACAAUGCAAUAAUGGGUCUUUCAGAAGACCGAGAAGGGUUACUGGAUAUUAUUCAGAGGAAUAAAAUGGACUACCAAAAACGAGCCUACCAGUGCAUCAAAUGCUUGGUACAGCUGUUUAACCAAAGUCGUGUGGCGCUGAAUAUGCUGCACAGCACGGUUGAAGUGGCACGCCAGUGGGCACAUGCCGUCGAAUGGCUGCAGGAUGAACUAGACAGGCAUCGAGGGUCUGGUGGACAGUACAACUACAACUCCUGGUCACCACCGGCGCAGAGCAACGACAACACGAACAGCUUUGUGUUGGAAAGAUCUCAGUCUGCCAAAAACGUUCUGCAAAUGGCAUUUCAGCUUUGUCCCGAAGAGGACCAAGAAGAACCAAAUGAGAAUGAGAUUGAAAACAACAUUGAACAUAACCAUGUGGCAUCGCCAGUAACCACAACAGCCAUAACUACUGAAACAACGAAACAGGCUUGUCCGCCGAAGCAACAACAACCGGCAUUGUUGUUUGCGUCGUACGAGGGAAACCUAAAUUCUAGUCCGUCUCCUAUUACUAACGUCAGUAAACUAAUGUCUAAAGUUAAUAUUCAUUCGGAUGUGGGAUAUGAGUCAUCGACGACUUCGCCAGAGCUCAAAACGCCAGCUCAAAAUGUGAAUUCAACGAGUAAAUCUCAUCCGGCGUCCGUUGCUGAUAGUGAAUCUGUAGUGAUUUCAUCCGAAAAACAUACAACCGAGUGUAGCAAUCCGACUCGAAAUACAUCUUCUCCCGCUUCUCCAAUAACCGGCACAACAUCCAAUAGCUCGAUAACUCCUAGCAUGGAACAGCAGACAUAGGAUUUACUAAAAACUAAAUUAUGUUUCUAUGUUCAUAUAACGAUUGAUCGCGUCAUAUUGCUUACGUUCAUAAACCCGGAAUAUGAGAUCAAGAAAAACUGUGUAUAAAUAAUAUUAUUUAUAUAAAUUAUUUAAAUUCAAAACCAAAAAAUACAAUAAUACUGUAAUACAAAUUUA